CCUCGGUUUCUCGACAUCAUAUUUACGAACCGGGAGGCCUCUUUGAUACAAAACCGCUCAACCUCCACCCUUCGCGCUGUUCUUCGCUGCGAGUACAGCGAAGAAGAUAGAUGCCUGCUAACAGAAGCUGAACUCUGAUCUCUCCUUUUUUUAGAUCCUACCUGGAUCUCUAGUGUUCGUGGUUCUGGAUCUGUGAUUUCCUUGAUACGCCUUCGAUCAGGGAUCUCUUCUCGUCAAUUCGUCAGCAAAAAUGCCUCUCAGACUCGAAAUCAAGAGAAAACUUGCUCAAAGAUCCGAAAGAGUAAAGUCCGUGGAUCUACAUCCAACAGAGCCAUGGAUUCUUGCAAGUCUUUACUCGGGAACUGUGUGCAUCUGGAACUACCAGUCACAGACAAUGGCAAAGUCUUUCGAGGUCACUGAAUUACCAGUUCGGUCAGCAAAAUUUAUAGCACGGAAACAAUGGGUUGUUGCUGGAGCUGAUGAUAUGUUUAUCCGUGUAUACAAUUACAAUACAAUGGAUAAAGUCAAAGUCUUUGAAGCACACACAGACUACAUCAGGUGUGUGGCAGUCCAUCCUACCCUUCCUUAUGUGUUGUCAUCAUCUGAUGACAUGCUUAUAAAGCUAUGGGAUUGGGAGAAGGGUUGGAUGUGUACUCAGAUUUUCGAGGGGCAUUCUCACUAUGUCAUGCAAGUGACAUUUAAUCCUAAAGACACCAACACUUUUGCAAGUGCUUCCCUUGAUCGCACAAUAAAGAUUUGGAAUCUUGGCUCACCUGACCCAAAUUUUACAUUGGAUGCCCAUGCGAAAGGGGUAAAUUGUGUUGAUUACUUCACUGGUGGUGAUAAGCCAUACCUAAUCACUGGUUCUGAUGAUCAUACUGCUAAGGUGUGGGACUACCAAACCAAAAGUUGUGUGCAAACUCUAGAAGGUCACACACACAAUGUUUCAGCAGUUUGUUUCCAUCCUGAACUUCCAAUAAUAAUUACAGGUUCUGAGGAUGGGACUGUUCGGAUAUGGCAUUCAACAACUUACAGGCUAGAGAACACAUUGAAUUAUGGUCUUGAGCGAGUAUGGGCUGUUGGGUACAUGAAAGGUUCCCGCCGUGUUGUGAUUGGAUAUGAUGAAGGAACCAUUAUGAUAAAACUUGGUAAAGAAGUACCUGUUGCUAGUAUGGACAGUAGUGGGAAGAUCAUAUGGGCUAAGCACAACGAAAUUCAAACUGUGAACAUUAAGAGUGUUGGAUCAGAUUUUGAGGUUACAGAUGGAGAGAGAUUGCCUUUGGCUGUGAAGGAGUUAGGAACCUGUGAUCUUUAUCCUCAAAGUUUAAAGCAUAACCCCAAUGGGAGAUUUGUUGUUGUCUGUGGGGAUGGUGAGUACAUCAUUUAUACAGCUCUGGCAUGGAGGAACAGAUCCUUUGGGUCGGCUUUGGAAUUUGUGUGGUCAUCUGAUGGAGAAUAUGCUGUCAGAGAAAGUACAUCAAGGAUUAAGAUUUUUAGUAAAAAUUUCCAGGAAAAAAAGAGUAUACGACCUACAUUCUCUGCUGAGCGUAUUUUUGGGGGAACUUUACUUGCUAUGUGUUCAAAUGAUUUCAUUUGUUUUUAUGAUUGGGCUGAGUGCAGGUUGAUUCGACGAAUCGAUGUUAAUGUCAAGAAUCUAUAUUGGGCCGAUAGUGGGGAUUUAGUGGCAAUUGCUAGCGAUUCAUCCUUUUACAUCUUGAAGUAUAAUCGGGAUAUUGUAUCAUCUUAUUUAGAUAGUGGAAGACCAGUGGAUGAGCAGGGUGUUGAGGAUGCUUUUGAGCUCCUCCAUGAAACAAAUGAACGAGUCCGGACUGGAAUAUGGGUUGGGGACUGCUUCAUUUACAACAACUCCUCUUGGCGACUAAACUACUGUGUUGGUGGUGAGGUGACUACCAUGUUUCACUUGGACCGGCCCAUGUAUUUGCUGGGAUAUCUUGCAAGUCAAAGUCGGGUCUAUCUUAUAGACAAAGAGUUCAAUGUUAUGGGAUACACCUUACUUCUCAGCUUGAUUGAAUACAAGACUCUUGUGAUGCGUGGGGACCUAGAACGGGCAAAUGAAAUUUUACCCUCAAUUCCAAAGGAGCAAUACAACAGUGUGGCUCGUUUCUUGGAAUCUCGAGGUAUGCUGGAAGAUGCACUGGAAGUAGCUACAGAUCCUAAUUACAGAUUUGAUCUGGCUAUUCAGCUCGGGAAGCUGGAGGUUGCAAAGGCAAUCGCCACAGAACUACAGAGUGAAUCUAAGUGGAAGCAGUUGGGAGAAUUAGCUAUUUCCACUGGGAAGUUAGAAAUGGCGGAGGAAUGCUUAAGGAAUGCAAUGGACCUAAGCGGUUUGUUGCUUCUCUACUCCUCUCUUGGAGAUGCUGAAGGAAUAUCAAAACUUGCAUCUCUUGCUAAAGAUCAAGGAAAGAACAAUGUUGCGUUCCUUUGUUUAUUCAUGCUAGGAAAGUUGGAAGAGUGUCUCCAGCUAUUGGUUGAUAGCAACCGGAUACCAGAAGCUGCUUUAAUGGCCCGUUCCUACCUUCCGAGUAAAGUCUCAGAUAUAGUUGCACUUUGGAGAAGUGACCUCAGUAAGGUUAACCAAAAGGCAGCUGAAUCUUUAGCAGACCCUCAGGAGUACCCUAAUUUGUUUGAAGACUGGCAGGUUGCUCUUGCUGUUGAAUCUAAGGUUGCAGAGAAAAGGGGUACUUAUCCUCCUGCGGAACAUUAUUUAAGAUAUGCUGAGAAAUCAAAUAUCAACCUUGUUGAAGCUUUCAAGAGCAUGCAAAUUGAUGAUGAAGAACCGCCACUUGAAAAUGGAGAUUCUGGUCAUGAGGUGGUAGAAGAAAAUGGAGAAGAGGGUCAAGAAUCUGCUGAAGUGGAUGCUGAUUCUACGGAUGGUGCUGUCCUUGUUAAUGGUAACGAGGCUGACGAAGAGUGGGGUACGAAUAAUGAAGGAACUCCGUCAGCCUAAAAGCAAUUGGUUGGUGCUUGCGCCACAUCACUAGGUUUCAUCUUAUCAAGACAGCCAGUUCCAGCUGUUAUCCACUCUCUUCUGGAGCUUUGCCAUUGUUGAUUAGGUUGACGGAAAGAUGUGAAGGGACAAGUUGCUUCAGGAGGGCGGUGGAUUUUGGGGCGCAUGGAAUUUUUGCCGUAGGCCAUAUAUAUUAUGAACAGAGUUAAAUUGUUUACAUUUUCUGCUUUUUUUUUGUUCCUUUUUCUUUUGGAAGAUUCUUAGAGGCUUUUCCUUUUCCUUCUUUUUUUUUUUGGGUGUUUGUUACUUUGUCUAUUGUACCAUUGUGAAGAGUAGCAAGUAAAGAUUUUCAGGCCUUUCUUUUUUCUGUUUGUUUAAAAUAUUCAAUAUUAUUUUUUCCUC